AUGGAUUUAAUUGUAAACCUUUAUUUUAAUAAUUCAGAAUUAAAUGAUGAUGUAAAAACACUAAUUUUGAGUUGGGCAUCUUUUUUUAGGAAAAACUGGAAUAAUAUGUUUAAUAUAGAUAAAGAAGUAAUUUUAAAAUUAGAAUUUUUUUUAGAUAAUAAAAAAGUAUUAAGUAAAAAUGCUCCACCAAAUAAUGAAGUAUACAUACAUGAACUUAAAAAAAAUCCUGAUGUAGUUUUAAAAUUUAUGAAGGUUUCCUUACAUUUGUUAUUAUUUAAAUUUUUGGGGUUAGAUAAAAACAUAUCACACUUAAAAGCACAUAAUGAAAUAGACAAAAGAGAUAAAAAUAAUAACAAUAAAAAUGUAAGUGAUUUUAUUAGAAAAGAGGAAAUAAAAGAUGCAGAAAAUGAUAACUUAUUAAUAAAUGAGUUGAGAUAUGAUAAAUAUAAAGACUCAGAAAUUUUUAGAGCUUUUUUUUUUUCUAAUAAAAUAACUAUAUAUUUAUAUAAUUGGAAUAAAGUUGAUAAAUUUGAAAGUUUAAAAAGUGAAAAAGUAAAUCAGCUAAUAUGUUUAAGAGGAAGUGUUUUAAGAAUAUCACCAAUCCAGUUAUUGAUUACUAAUCUUAAUUUUUUAUGUGAAAAAUGCAAACAUAUUAUAAACUUAGAAUUUACAGAUGGCAAAUAUGAAACACCAAAAAAAUGUAUAAACAACUGUGAUGGAAAAAUUUUCGUUCCUAUAAGAGAAUCUGCAAAAUCCAUAGAAUAUCAGAAACUUAUUUUAAAAGAAAAUCGAAAAAAUUUAAAUAAUAUCUAUGAAACCAAUGAUUCUAAUAUUAAAAAUUUAACGGUUACAUUAGAAAUUUCAAAAUUUUUUGUGAACUCUUGUAUUCCAGGUAAUUAUGUAGAAGCUUUAGGAAUACUUAAGGUUAUUUCUUUUAAUAAUAAUUAUCUAAUUAACGGAAAAAAUUCUCUCUUUAAUAUUUAUAUCGAUUGUUUAUCUAUAUUUCCAUUGUCAUCAAAAAAAUAUCUAAAUAAUAACUAUUUUAAUAUAGUAAAAAUUAAGGAGACAAAAAAUAAAAUUCAUUCUUCCUUUUUAUGGGAAUCUUAUAUAGAUAAAUUUAGCAAAAGAAUGUUAUAUUUAAAGAAUAAAAUAUCAAAUAAAAUAAAGCAUAAAAAAGGAGAUAUUACAAAAUAUAGAUCUAAUGAUAAUCAAAAAAAUAUCAGGUAUUCUUCAAGUAAUACAGAAGAUAAUAUAAAAAAAAAAAAUAAAAUAAGCAGUAGUCACGAAUCAAUUUCAGUGAAUGAUGUACUAAAUUCAAAUAAAAGUAGCUCAUUAAGUUAUAAAGGUAAAUUAAUUAAUAGCAGAAAUAAAUUUGAAGAGACCUUAUUGUGUAAAAAUGACAAUAUAGAGAACAGAUCUUCUUUUUAUAAUAACGAGAUAAAUAUAGAAGAAAAUUUACAAAAGAAAAAAGAGAUAGAAAAAAAGGAAAUAGGAAGCAAUGAUCUUUUGUAUGAUGAAAUAUUGAAUUCUGAUAAUAUAUGUAUGUAUGGUGAAUACAUAAAUGAAGAAAAUUUUUUAAAUGGAAAUAGUAAUAUAAAUAAUAGUGACAUGGAAAGCGAUUGUUUUCAUGUAAAUGAUAAAAAUAAUGAUAAUUUGAAUUUAAGUAAAGAAUUUGAUGAAAAAAUUUUAGAAUUUAUUCACGAUAUGCACAAAAAUGAAAAUAAUAAAUUUUAUCUAUUAAUUGCAUCCUUCUGUCCACGUAUUAUUAUGAGUAAUUAUAUAAAAGCAGGUUUGUUGCUAAGUUUAUUAGGUGGAAAAACAUUAUAUGAUGAAUGCAAUCAAAUUAAAAGAAGAGGAAAUAUACAUAAUUUAUUAAUUGGUGAUCCUGGUUUAGGUAAAAGUAGAAUUUUACAAUAUAUUAGUAAUAUAAUUGAAAAAAGUUUAUUUAUUUGUAGUACUUCAACAAGUAUAAAUGGAUUGACAGCUUGUGCGGUGAAAGAUACUUCUAAUAAUGAAUACUCAUUAGAAGGAGGAGCACUGGUUUUAUCAGAUAAAGGUGUUUGUUGUAUUGAUGAAUUAGACAAAAUUUCUUUAAAUGAUCAACAAUCUUUUUUAGAAUGCAUGGAAAAUCAGUCUAUUAAUAUAACAAAAGCUGGUAUUGUAUGUAACUUAAAAACUAGAUGUACCAUUAUUGCUGCAUCUAAUCCCAAAGAGGGAAAAUAUAACUAUAAAAGAACAAUAUUUGAUAACAUAAAAAUUCCCUUUCCUUUACUAAGUAGAUUUGAUUUAGUUUUUUUAUUAGCUGAUCAAAUUUCUGAAGAAAAAGAUCAUCGUAUUUCCAAUUAUUUAAUAAAUACUAAUUAUAGAAACAAAAAUUCUGAUGAAGACGAUGAUGAUAAUAUGGAUAAUGAUUCAUUAAUAUUUUCUAUGAAAGAUUCUCUUAAUCAUAAAUGCAAACAAGUUAAUGAACAAAAUUAUUUACCAUUAGAACUUAUAGGAGUGUUUAUAAAGUACAGUAGAAAAUAUAUUUUCCCUAUAUUAUCUAUAGAAGCAAAAAAAUACAUUAGAAAAUUCUACUUACAUCUUAGAAAUUUAUCAGUAACUCACAAUGAUAUUAGUAUUCCUAUUACUAUCAGACAAUUGGAAUCAUUAAUUAGAUUAUGUCAAGCAAGAGCUAGGGCUGAUUUAUCAGGAAUAGUAACAUUAACUCAUGCUAAAGAAGUAGUGGAAAUAUAUCAAAAAACAAUUUUUUAUCCGUUACAUAUAAAAUCGUUAAAUUUUAAAGAAAAAUCUACUAAAAUAAGUAGAGGGAAAUCAACUGCAGCCUUAUCAAAUGUGUUCAAAGAAAAUAUAAUACAAUUAGCUAAGCAAAAAAAUAAUAAAAUUUUUAAUAAGGAAUUACAUAAUUUAGCCAAAUCAAUAAUACUUUCAUCCAAUUCUAAUAUAUCAGACGAAGCAUUAAUUAAUUUUG